ACUAGCGCUCGACUCGCGCGCUGCGGCGGUCGCGCCAACUGCCGGCGGCGGGCCGACGAACAUCGAUUUAUACCGUUGCGCAGCCCACGAGGCGGAAGUUGUGCUUCGCGAACAGUUGCUGCCUGUCUGCGGGCGCGCUACGGUCGAGUGGCUGUCGAGUUCCGAUGAGCAACAGCGCGUCCGUUGUGCCGGCACCAUCUGUCGCGUAGCCGUGAACACAUUCGCGUCUCAUUGAUCGGUUCGAUAUACGUGCGGCACCUACGGGAUUUUUUUUUUUUUCCGUUCACCGAACGUUUCCGCGUGGGGGAAAAAGAUGUCGACGAGCAAAGACGACGCGUGGUGUGUGGAAAUGGAACCGCUGGAGAAGCGCACGCGGUUCCAAGUGAACAGGGUCGACGGCGAGGAAGACACGCCCUUGAAGGACGGCGAAGAAGGCAGCGAGAAUGACGAGGACGACGCCGAAGACAACGCGUCCGGGUACGACACCCGGUACGCCAAAAGUUUCCGGCACUUCACCCGCGAGGCCUUGCCGAGAAUGGACAACUACAGGAACAUCAUGUCCAUACAGGCGGCCUACAGACCCACGUUGGACGAGUUGCACAAUGCCACGCUGCAAGGCAAGCAGCAGCCGCCGCCCCCGGCGCAGCCCUCGGACGCGCAGGCCGACCCGGAGGGCGCGCUCAAGUUCGGCUGGAUCAAGGGCGUGCUGGUGCGGAACAUGCUCAACAUCUGGGGCGUGAUGCUGUUCCUGCGGCUGUCCUGGGUCGUCGGCCAGGCGGGCAUAGUUGAAAGUGUAAUACUGAUUCUCGCAACGAGCGUGGUCACUACAAUCACAUCACUCUCGAUGGCUGCCAUCAGCACAAAUGGCAUUGUGAAAGGAGGAGGUACGUACUACAUGAUCUCCCGCUCGCUGGGCCCCGAGUUCGGGGGCUCGAUCGGGCUGAUAUUCUCGCUGGCCAACGCCGUCGCCUGCGCCAUGUACGUGGUGGGCUUCUGUGAGUCCAUGCGCGACCUGCUCAAGUCCCUGGGCACCAAGAUACUGGACGGGGGCGUCAACGACAUGAGGAUUGUCGGCGUCAUCACCAUCUUCGUGCUCCUGGCGAUAGUGGUCGUAGGCAUGGAGUGGGAGUCCAAGGCACAAAUGGUUCUCUUGGUUAUACUGCUCGCAGCUAUUGUAGAUUUCAUCAUUGGCACAUGUAUUGGUCCUUUGAAUGAUGAAGACAAGGCUAGAGGAUUUGAAGGCUACAGCAGCAAGCUCAUAUACGACAACAUGUUUCCUGACUACCGUGUCUCGGAGGGAAUGGAGCACAACUUUUUCUCUGUGUUUGCGGUUUUCUUCCCAGCAGCCACCGGCAUUCUGGCUGGUGCCAACAUUUCGGGUGACUUGAAGGACCCACAAUCUGCUAUCCCGAAAGGCACGCUCUUGUCUGUUCUCAUCACGACACUAACGUACCUGUUGAUGGCCGUCAUGGCUGGGAUGACGGUCCACAGGGACGCGAGUGGAAACGUGACAGAACUGAUGGACGGUUCGUACACCAACUGCACCUACAGGAAGUGCGAGUGGGGCUUGAUGAACAGCAAUCAGGUAGUGGAGAUGGUAUCUGGCUUUGGACCGCUCAUAUAUGCGGGAUGUUUUGCAGCUACCAUUUCGUCUGCUCUCGCAAGCUUAGUGUCGGCACCAAAGGUGUUCCAGGCGUUGUGUCGUGAUAAUUUGUACCCUUACAUUUCCUGGUUUGCCAAAGGAUACGGCAAGAACAGUGAACCAGUCCGUGGCUACAUUUUGACCUUCUUUAUUGCUGUCUGCUUCAUCCUUAUAGGCGAACUCAAUGCCAUUGCACCUCUUAUUUCCAACUUCUUCCUAGCUGCGUACGCACUGAUAAAUUUCAGCACAUUCCAUGCCUCGCUGGCAAAACCUCUUGGAUGGAGACCCAAGUUCAAGUACUACAACAUGUGGCUCAGUCUGGUUGGAGCAGUGAUCUGCGUGGUGGUCAUGUUCCUCAUCAGCUGGUGGACUGCUCUGGUGACGCUGGCCGUGGAGUUGGCUCUCUACCUGAUUGUAGCGUACAGGAAACCAGAUGUGAACUGGGGCUCGUCGACCCAGGCGCAGAUGUACAAAGCCGCGCUGAUGUCCGUGCAGCAGCUGAACAACGUGGAGGACCACGUGAAGAACUACCGGCCGCAAAUCCUCGUGCUGUCCGGCAUGCCCAGCCAUCGCCCGCCCCUGGUGGACUUCGCCUACCUGCUGACGAAGAACCUGUCACUCAUGUUGUGCGGACACAUCAUCUGGGGCCCGCUGACCCACCGCGAGCGGAGCACCAUGAACCACAAAGCGCAGAACUGGCUCCGUGCUCACAAGAUCAAGUCGUUCUACGCGGAGGUCGACGAGAUGGACUUCGAGGAAGGGACCCGGGCGCUGCUGCAAGCCUCGGGGGUCGGCAAGCUGCGUCCCAACGUCGUGCUCCUCGGCUACAAGGCCGACUGGAGCUCGUGCGACAAGUCUCACCUGGCUUCCUACUUCAACGUCAUACACAAAGCUCUGGACAUGUACAUGGCAGUGGGGAUCCUGCGUCUGCAGAACGGCCUCGACUACUCCAAGAUGAUUGACGGCACGAUCACGGCUAAUGGCACGUCCGGCUUGGUGAAGAAAGCAAUUGCGCAAGGGUCUCUGGAGUCUCUGCGCCGCAACCAGUCAUUCUCGCAGCUCUCACAAGCUAGCAGUGAAAGCGACAUAUCAGCACCAGAAACCCCCAAUCUAAAUGACAGUCGAGUGAGCACUGAUCCAAAUGCGAAGGAAGAAAAGAUAAAGACGGUAUCGAGAAGAAACAGGCGGAAGAGAGAAUCCAGGAGUGAUGUCUACAGGGGCCCAGAUGGCGCAGAGUUGCCAAAAUCGGUCAUAAACACUCUCACGCAGUUUCAGCGCAAACAGAAGAAAGGUAGCAUUGAUGUUUGGUGGCUCUAUGAUGAUGGAGGCUUGACGCUGCUGCUGCCGUACAUCAUCAACACUCGUCGCAACUGGGCCAGCUGCAAGCUGCGGGUGUUCGCCCUCGCCAACAAGAUGGACGAGUUGGACUUGGAGCAGAGAGGGAUGGCGAGUCUGCUGGCCAAGUUUCGCAUUGACUACUCGGCCUUGAAAAUAAUCCCAGACAUCACCAAGAAACCUCAAGACUCAACCGUGUCAUUCUUUGAGAACCUUAUUUCAAACUUUGUAGUGACAACUGAAGAUGCAGAUACUAAUGGAAUUGGUAUCAGCGAAUCUGAGCUGCUCUCAAUGAAGGACAGAACCAACAGGCAUUUACGGCUGCGAGAACUUCUGAUGGAGAAUUCCAUGGAUGCUAAUCUUGUCGUCAUGACGUUGCCGAUGCCGCGGAAGAGUGUCGUGUCCGCCUCUCUGUACAUGGCGUGGCUGGAGACACUCACUCGUGACAUGCCGCCGUUCUUUCUGGUGCGAGGGAACCAGACAUCCGUCCUCACCUUCUACUCGUAGGCCCACCGACCAAUCACUUGCCAUGUCUUCCCCAGGGACCAGCCUUCACGGAGCCGGCACAUCACGUACACAGAGCUUUAUUUACAAGUGUCUUUCCAGUUGCAGAAAGCCUAAAUAAUGCAACAAGUGUAGCUGCUCGUUGUAUGCUCAGGGUCAUUUACUGUAGCUAGGUAACAUUUGUAUGUGUGGGAAAAUUUUGUAAAAUUUUUUUCAGAGGAUGUAGUAUACAUUAUGUAGUUCUUCUGUGAUACUUACAAAUGGUAAUAUUACUUCAUCAAGCUACAAAACUACCGUAUUUACCUGCGUAUGGGUCGCAAAUUUUAUGCCAAUGUUUUGUUAAGUAAAAUGUACUGUGACCAAUUAUGCGAACUUUCCAUUUUGGGUGAAAAAAUUUAACACUGCAAUGUUGUGGUUGACUGUGUGCUUGCAUAUCUAGCCUGUGUUGGUUUUUAAUGUCACGAGUAAAUAUAAAUUGUUUAAUUAAAAUAGCUCAGCAGUGCGUGUAAGGCAUCAUGAACUGCACUGUUAAGCUACGUCUGCCAGCGCCGGGCUGUGAAGCUCGGCAAGAGAGGGAAUCUAAAAAUAAACCAGCCAGAGAGAGAGGAGGGGAGUCCGUGUGUGGCGAUGCAGUAGUGUUUAUGGUUAUUCUUCCCUUUCUCAAUGUUGUAAAUGUUCAUGAACUGGCACCUUACCCAAUCAUCAUGUUUCUAUCUCGACAGGAUUUUGUGACAAAACUGUGUUCAAAACAUUGUUUUUUUGCAUGAGAUUUCCUACGCUUUCUACCGAAACAUUUCAUUUUUGACCAAACUGAUGUAAAUAGCAUGCUUAUUAUUGAAUGGCAGUUAUGUAUUAUUGAAUGGCAGUCUUUUCUCUCUUGGCAAAGGUAACGGGUAAAAAAAAAUAGACAAGGGGGGAGGGAACCACUUUGUAUUUUGUUAGAUAGUGCAAUGGCGAGUUGUAUUCCACUGGAGACAGCUUUAUGGUACGACUCAUAUUCAAGGGCGACAAUAAUUACAGUGAGUCCAAGAUUUUUUUGCCUAAAAUUAAGGAUGCAACCCAUACAAAGGGGCGACUCCUCUGCAAGUAGAUACGGUAUAUAAAUAGUUUUCAAAACAAUUGUACUAAUAUUUUUCAUAGUAAAUUAAAACUGUAAUGUCUUGAAAUUAUUUUAUUUUAAUUUAAUUUAGAAAUAUUGCUUAAUUUUCUAAGUGGUAUUUUAUGCAGUAUUCUUGUCUGUAGAAUAUAGAUAAUUUUAUUAAUUUUAUGUAUUAACCUACCUUAAAGGUUAUAAGUUUUGUACUAAUGAAAAUUUAUCAGUAUUUGACAUUGCAGUGUCAUUGUGGUAUUACGUGUAUUUUCACUGCUUUUGUUAGCUUUAUUUUUUAGUCUCCAUUGUUGAUUUUUCUUGGGAAUGAAUCUGAUCAUGCAUCUGAAAUAUGUUCUGUUUGCAUGCAUUGCCAAACUGAAAAUAGUGUAUGAAAGCAAAUGUGUAUUCCAUGUAUACAGCUAUAACAUUACAAGAAGCUGUUUUUGUUGAUUAUUUUUUACAGUAUUAAAUAAUGUUUUUAAUUACUGUCAAGAGGAGGAUAAUAUAAAUAAAAACAAAUUUUAUAAA